GUUCAAAGUCUAAAUGAUAGUAUAAAUUUGAGAUAUACUUUUAAUAAAUGUAUGAAAAUUUACCAAAUAUAUUAUUAAAGACAAAUAUAUUAUUAUUAUGUAAUAAUAUAUAGAUAAUAUUUUUACUUCAAUCAAUAAUGGAUCCUUUCAGAAGACCUAGUAUGAUACCAACGAAUAAAGAUGAACUCAUGGACAGUGCACCAACAUCGAGAAUGUUCGAAGAGUUCUUAAAUAGUUUUGAACAGUAUGACAAGGAAGAACUCCACAAAAGAAGAAACUCAGAGUCUUUAAGCGAUUGUGUCAAAGUUCCUAGGAGAAGAGUAUUUGUAAAACAGAGUUUUUUUCCUGUUGACGCGUCAUUUGUCAAAGCAAACCCUAACCAUGUUUACAUUACCGACAUGGAUGGACAUCUAUACAUUGUAAAAUAUAAGGCCGUUAAAUGCUGAUUUCUAAUGUAAAAUUUAUUUUAAUCCCUAAGUGUAAUAUAUUAGCGUAGUAUAUUGUUAAAUAUUUAAUUUUAACAAAUUUCCUAUAAUAUGUUAAUCAAAUAUGUAGUUAUGCUUACCAUAUUCAAUUAAAUGUAGUCCCAAAAAAAACUCUUCGUU